AUGGCGAACACCAACCCACAAUCUAAGACGCAACCCGGGACGACCCAGGAGAGGGCAGCGUGGUUUCUCCAAUGGAAUUGCAGAACCUUCGCCCGCAAGAAGGCAGAGUUUCUUCUCCGCUACCCAGCAGGGACAAGACCAGUAGUGCUGCUUCUGCAGGAGGCCCAGGAUCCGAACCUCUCGCUGCCCGGCUACGACACGUAUACGCGACCCACCAUCCCGCAUCGCCAACGAACGCCGAACGGUCCGGGCGGCAAAGCGCCGCCGCACGGCGUCAUUUACAGGGGCAACGCGGCGGUCCUAGUGGCUGCCCGCAUCCCGCACGACGAGCUGGACCUCCAGCGCUGGUGCACGCAACAUCAAGAGGUCGUGGGUGUGGCCCUCCAACUCCCCCAAUGUAAGGUCGUGGUGGUGUCGAUAUACGUCCGACCGUCGAUCCGCAACAGCGUCACCAUUGACUGGUCCUGGGUCGAAGACCUGCGGAAAAUGCACCCCGAUGCCCUCGUUGUCAUCGGCGGCGACUUCAACACACGCCACACGUGCUGGGGAUCGAGCACCGACACAUACCACGGUUCGAACCUCGUUUCCGCAAUGGAGGACAACCACCUUAGCCUGCUCAACGAUCCGGACUUACCAACGCGAGUUGGCCAGCACGCCCGCCAGGGCGACACCACGACCGACCUCACAUGGACGAACCGGCGGCGGGCCCUCUUCUGGGAACUAGGAGCAGACACGUGGGGGAGCGACCACCUGCCCAUCUUCAUUCGUUUGCGCGGCCACAAGAUAACGGCGCCGAAACGAACUACGAGCGUCGUCUGCUGGGACGCCUUCCGCGCAGAGCUGGAGCAAACACCCGUAACCACACCAGGCGAUGACCCGGAAACGCACGAACUGGCCCACCUCCUACGGACAAUACACGAAGCCAAAAGGUCAUCUACCCAGCACUUUCAAGUGGCGGAGGACAAGCCGUCGCCGGACUUGCACCUGGCUAACCUAUGGAAACAACGCCUCGACGCGCUGUGUGCGUACAGAGAGAGAGGACGAACGCCCGGACUGCGAUGCCGUCUGAACCUUAUAACGACUGAGGCGCGCGAUUACGCAAAUACACUCUCUACAGACAGAUGGUGCGACCUUUGCUCCAGCUUCAACGGUAACAUGAGCGGACCGCGCAUAUGGCACAUCUUUCGCAAUUGGCAGGGCAAAGCUAAGAGACGCACCGCGGCGCAGACAGCGGCUCUACGCAUGCGAAUCUCGGAGGAGCAGCUGGCGCUCCAGGCUGGGGCAGUGUUCUACCCUCAGCCUGCGGCUUCACCGGAUCCCACCAUAUACUCCCGAGACUCCGCGACACCGUCCCAGAUGAUCGGAGAUUUCCAGGCAUUGGAUCUCCAAACACCGGAGCAGGUGGGCAUGACCGCCUCGGCCGAGAAGACCGAAUACGUCGUGGUUUUAAACGGGCCCCACAGAAAGACCGAGGCGGUCCGCAACCAAAUCGCCCUCAGCAUGGCCGGCCAAAGGAUACAGCGAAAACCCUCCGUUCGGAUCCUGGGAGCCUACAUAGAUCAAGAUGGCAAAGGCACCACGUGGAAUCACACACCUCCAGUGGGGCACGCGGGAGAGAGAAACGCGCCAGCUCGUCACGGCGCUGCUUGA